GUGGGAGUCUCCUGAGCUUUCGCUCUUCACUUUCACUCCAGUCUGCUCUGAAGUGACCGAGAUACAACAUGGCUGCAACAGUUAAGGUGAUUCUACUACUGGUAGCGUGCGUCGCUGUAGUGUUGGCCGCCAAGAUGGAGGUCUCUGACGAAGCCAUCGACAUGGCACUGAAGGACAAGAGGUACUUCGACCGUCAACUCAAGUGUGCGCUGGGCGAGGGCGUGUGCGACCCUGUCGGCCGCCGUCUCAAGACGUUCGCCCCGCUGGUGCUGCGAGGAGCCUGUCCCCAAUGUUCGCCCAAGGAGACCGAGCAGAUCAAGCGGGUUUUGAGCCACAUACAACGACAUUACCCCAAAGAGUGGGCCAAGAUAAUAAAGCAGUACUCCAGCUCAUAAUUAAUUGUUAACUGUUACUAAAUUAAAUAUUUUGUUGUUUUCGUA